AUGAGAGAAGACUAAGCUGGAUUAGCCAAAAUGAACGCAAAACAAUAAGAAAAUUCUUAAUUUAAUUCAGGGUAUUAAGAAAUAGAUAAACUCUCUUAAUAAUAUUAUAUUAUCACAACAAUCAUUGCAACAAAAAAAUUGAAAAAUAUAGAAAAGUAAGUUUUGGUCAUUAUCAUAAGGUUUUGA